AUGAAAAAUAAGAGAGAAGUGAUGGAUUUAUCAGAUGGGUUUGAACAUAUUACGCCGCCUUUGGAGGGUGUCAGAGAGGAGGUUGAGGUAGAUCAUGAUAUUGUGAAUAGCGAGGAGAGAACCAAUGCGAAGAAGGAGAUUGACAACGAGGAGGAAGAGGUUACCGGCUAUAAAGACUCCAAGACCGCUCAAAUAAAUCCUGAAGAUGAGACACCCGAAAUGCGUCCAACUUGGACUCGAAUGCACCUCCGUUAUUUGUCCAUCGAAGUUUUGAAAGCAAAUAACAUAGAUUAUGUGAUCGAUCCUGAUGAUCCAGAUUACGUCUUGAUUCAACGUUGGGUUCCCGAAGAUGAGCAAGAUUUUCUUUGGGCUGCCACUCGUGCUGCGCGUACCAAGCGCAAUUCUGAGAACCGUCGUUCCAGCUCUCCAUACCCAUCUCGUGUUCGUUCUAACCGAGCUUCGUCGCCUGGUAUCAUUGAAGUUCGUGUGGGUAAGCAAGGAGGGGAGCUGAAGCUGGAUAUUAAUAGAAUGGAGUUUAAGGAUUGGGCAGGAGCAAAGUAUAUGGUACAACGAGGGAAACAUGUGCUGGAUGUUGCGGUGGAAGAUGGAAAAGCGAUUAGAGUGGCGAUCAACUCAGAGGCUUUGAGAGACGAAUUGCGAAUAGUGAUAGGAGCUGGUGUGGGUCUUGUGAUAACUGAAUGGCGUAGAGUUCUGACAGGGCCUUGGAAGGUGUUUGUGGAGUAUGAGCAAGCGAUCAGAUCACGAUUGCACAAACUGGAGGAAAUGAUGGAAUCUCGAGAUGAAAAAUUGGCGGAGAAACCGGUGAAGGACAAAAACAUAGUUGUCGAUCAAGUUCAUGAAGAAAGGAAAUCAGAUCGCAAGGUCCGAUUCAGAGAUCCACCCUCCAGUUGCGAGGUUUGCGAUGUUGUCUAUCCUCCUCACGAAACCCCUCUCGCAUGCCUCGAUACUAGAGUGGCUCACUUAAAGUGCCUGAUCGAAUUCAUGGACCACGAUCUGAAACAUGUGUUCGGCCUCCGUCAACAGAUCAAAGACGGUUCUGUCACCGAAAUUGAUUUCACCGAUCUUUGGCACUUAUUUAGUCCUGGCGAUCUGAUUGUCACCUAUCCCAUGGCUCGUGCAUAUCGAGUCUUUCACACAUCAGGUAGUCGACUGCGCUUAUCCAAGCCGGAAUUAUUUGAAAAGAAAACAGUGUGCUCGCCUUUCAAUAUUAACUGCUUUUACAUAAAGCCCGAUUGGAAGACCGUUGGUCCUAUUCAUGAGACUUUGAGAAUAUCGGAGUAUGCUGGAAAGAAGUUAGUGUCAGAACUACUAGUUGAGCUGGAUGGGAAUCUCAUGACAGAGAAAGUUACGGUUUUGCCACUCAAACUACUCUCAAUUAGUGAACGAGAGGAGCAAAUCUCAAAUCUUGUUGCUAGAGGAAAGAAAUCAAGAUCCCUGAAGCGAGGUGAUCACAAAUUCUAUGUGGGCACUGCCGGGGAGGAAGUAUCGAACUCGUCAAAUGAUGAAGAUGUAAAAUUUGCAGGGCGACCACCAGGGUAUGGGAUUGGUCCUUUCGUGAAUUUGAAGAAAGAACGCGAAGAAGUUCAGAGUGAAGUCAUCAUAGACAACGAGCAUGAGACUGAAAACAAAGCUAUUGGUCUUUUCGAUGCAAUCGAAUUCGAUUCGAGAGAAACCGCAGAGAACUGCACACAUUAUGGAGUAUCGAACAAUCAAUAUUUCGAUGGCCGAGGCUUCCAGAGAGAUUGUCGAUGCUCGGAUUUGAUCGUGGACAAUGUCGUUGAUAAUGAUCGUGCGGCCAAGUACAAAGAUGAUUUGCAUCUUUUGCAUCCUCGUGAUAUUCACAGCGAUCUCGAAGAUAAGCUUCUCAUGCUAUUGUCGCCUACGGUUGAAGGUUUCAUACUAGAGAAAAAGAGAUGGAAGAUGCUGAGUGUGGAUACGAUAAGUGAUCUGAAGCAAGAAGGCGUUGAGAAUCCUUUGGAUUUCAGGGCUCUUGUGAUACCUGAAGGACACGAAAGUCUAUUGAAAGCAUUGGUGGGGACGCACCCCAGCAGUCGAUCAUUACAACCCAAAAUAAGCAGGGGCUCAUCCAGCUUAGCAAUUCUGCUCCACGGCCCAAAAAGCACGGGGAAAUUUCUCACCACGAAAGCACUCGCCUCUCAUUUCAAUAGACCACUGUACACCAUCACCAGCUCAGAUCUCGGUAUAAUCACAUGGGAUGCUGCACGAGAGCUUGCUACUCAUUUCAAACGAGCCACAAAAUGGAAUUAUAUAAUUGCAAUUCCAGAUGCGGAACAUCGGUUCCCACACCGCAAGAGCCCUUCAGACGGUGAUUCCAAUAUGUCAGCGCUGUUUUUGAGAGAGUUAGAAUUGUUCAAUGGUAUCGUUAUUCUGACAACCGAUAUAAAAGGUGAUGUUGAGGAGCAAGUUGUGAGAGGUAUGAAUGUAAGUCUCGGAAGCGAUUUCUGGAGCAGAUCAGAGAAUCUUCAAGUUUGGCAGCACGUUUUGAAAAAGCGUGGAAUUUGUCUGGCAAAAGAUCAUGAGGAAACGCCGGCAGGAAUUACAGCGACAAUUGGGGAAGCGGACUGUGAUCGUUGGUUGGGAUUUAUAGAUGGAGAAUAUGGAACAGGGAGACGGUGGAGUGGUGUGGAAAUGAACAAUUACUUUGAUAUAGCGUUGGCUCUGGCGGCAUAUGAUACCGAUCCUACCAGCGGAUCAUCGUAUAUCUUGAAGGACAGUCGUUUGAGUAUUGCAGCAAGGAUUACUGGUGUUUCAGUAUUCUCCGCGUUGUAA